AGAAUUUGUAUGUAUGUUAUUGCCAGUUUGAAAAGCGUGUGAUAUUCUACGAGAAGAGAAAGUUUGCUAUUGGUUCUACUAUCGUCAUAUAUAAAACGUGAAGAUUAAAUUGUAUAAACAUUAAACAAACCUCACAAAAUUUCGAAUCAGCUUGAAGUAUUAACUGGGUUUAGUGUUUGUUAUUCCCAGCACCAUAUUAUUAACCAGUGAUGAUUUGGAUGGAUAAUUUUGGUCAUUCGUAUGCAUAAACAGAAAAUCAAAUGAGGAUGUUUACAGUUUCAAUGUGAAGACCGUGAUACCACUGAGUAUAUAAUUAAUUAUCCAUAGCCAAUUUAUUAAUAAAUAUAUUUCAACCAACAGAUCAAACACAUAACAGUAUUGUAAAAUAAUUAUGCCAGUAGACAAACACUGAUUUCUGAGGAUUCCAUGGAAAAUAUUUUGGAAGUAAGGCACUCUUUAAAAAUUUUGAUGUUAUGGUGCAAGCUCUGACAAGUUAUUCUGCCGUAUUGUGUCUGAAGCAGUAGCAGGUGUAAUUCGUCAUAGUAUGGAAAACACUGGCAAGUUUCGUCAGCAAUGUUAUGAAUUACUGCAGGUGACUAGUACAAAGGAUGCUGAAACUGAACUCGAAAGGAGGCUGUUGAACAUCACACUUGGAGAAAUAGGGAUCAAUAAGGACAUUAAGAGGAGUCAUGAAACAGAUAUAGAUGAACUGCAGUUGGACAAGACUUCUCUGAAUUGGGACACUGUGACAGGAGAACACAGCAGUGCCUCCACGGACAAAUGGUUGACCCAAGUAGAAGACUGGCCAUGACUGGUAUCAUAACAGAUUAUUGUAUGUAACACGGUCUGAUGAGAUUAACCCUCUCAUAGUCAUGAUGGAUGUGGUGUGUCUCGUGUUUGUGAUAAAACUGGUAAAACUGAGAUAAUUAUAUUCUAUUUUAUGAAGACCCAUUUUAAUAUUAUUAUUCAGUCCAUGCGUGUGUCUUCCAGCUGGUUUCUUCCCUUCAAGUUUUUUGACAGAUUAGUCUUCUAUUCUAUAUUCUCUUUACAUAUGCUACAUGCUCCACCGAUCUCUUCUUCCUUAAUUUGAACAUUAUAAUAUUGCUUAGUGAAGUGUAGAAGUUAUGAAACUCCCCAUCAAGCAAUCUUCUCCAUCAUCCUGUUGCUUCUGCUCUGUAAGGUCAAAAUAUUGUCCACAGCACUUUUGAAGUAACCCUCGCUUUAAACAUAUUUCAUUUAUCUAAGUAGCAUGCUACAUUCAAUGGAAAUGUACAAUACUUCCCACCAUGGUGGACGUUUAUAAAUAGCUGAUGCACUGCCCCAUUGUGUUCAUAUUCUCCAGCAUCUGAUGAUCUGGGAUUUUGUGGGCUUCAUUCAUUUGGCUCAGGAUAGAGAUUAAUUUUAGGCUUUGUAAUUAUGGUAAUGAAAAUUUGGUUUUUCCUGAAAUAUGAGAGGAAUUUCCUGCCUAACUGAACAAGCAAUACAGCUAAUGAUUUUUAAGGGCUUUGCUUCAUGGGUAAUAUGGUUAUGGCCGAAUGAUUAUCAUCUGAUUGCAGAUAUCUCAGGCAGAACUUUGUUAAGUAUUGUAAUAAUAAAUAGCAAAAGGAACAAUUAGAGUCAAAUAGUGCAAUUAAAACACAAGUAUUUUAGAUUCCAGGUUCUCAUAGCAACAAAUAACAAGAUGGCUGUCUUCUAGAAAGUUAGACCAUGUAGAUAUUAACUGGGGUUUCACAUCACCCAUACACUGUGAUGAUGGAAGCAGUAAGCUCUUCUGAAAUGUCAGUCAAUAUCUACCAGACUAAACAGUGCAGCAUCUCAGAAUACAGCCUUCUUCAUCUCCUAAUGUCUGGUUUGACACAGUUAUCUGAAUUUAAAUGGCAAAUUAAAGUGUGCAUUACGCGAGCUAAUAAGAAAAAUAAAUCGGGCCUUACACAUUGUUAAUAAUCAAUAAACCAAUGCAGAACCCCGACUUUACAUUUUACAUUUCACUGGAUUAGGUAUGAUGUUGCCCCAGCAGAAGGGAUUUUCCAAUAUUUCCUUUUUUAAUCUAGUAACGGGAGCUGGUCCAGUUUCCGAAACGUGAUUUUAUUUUUGUUUAGACAAUGAACAGAGUCCAAGAAAACAGUUUUGCCGAUUAUAAGCAUUUUUAUUUUAUUCUGUAUAGUAGCAUUUUACCGACUGAACCUUGAUAUACCAGUACGUCGACAUCAUUGUGACUUUAUGGAUAUAACGUUAGAUGUCACUUAAGUUGAGGGUCUCUUCUUUCCUAUACAAUUUUAACAUCGUCAAUCUCGCACAGAUUGCGGCUAAGUAGGUGGUCUGUAGUUGAUGUUAUAUAGUAAACAAAUGGGCCGCAGUGUGUAGUAAAUCUUGAAAAUAAUAGAAAGUAAAAUGUCUGGUGAGGAAGGAGCUGGUGGAAGUAGUGAAAAUAUGAACAAUACCAUCAGUCCAAGAAUAAUGGGUGCCCUUGAAUAUCCUGCAGCAGAAGACAGAAAUGUGACGGUACAGCCGAUACAGCCAAGGCAACCACAUAAUUUGCAGGAUUUACUUAGGUUCAGUGUUGAGGCAACCACAACAGGACACAGUAUUUCAAACCAAAAUGAUUCCGGGUUUGUACCUGGACCGAUGGAUGAGGAGAGGAAGACGUUUUUGGAAGAGACUCUAAAGUCAAUGACUGUUGAUGUAAUUAAGAUGUUGUUGGAGGCCAUUGAUGUCUUGAAGACUGCUGGAAACCUUGAGUUGGAAGAUGAUCCCACAGAAAGUGAAGAAGCACUAGAAAAGAUUGCUGCUUAUGUGGACAAUAUGGAUAUUGCUAAUGAUUUCCACAAGAUUGGAGGUUUCUGCAUAUUUCGUCCAUGCUUGAACUCUGCGCAUGGCAGUUUGCGUUGGAGAGCAGCAGCAAUUAUUGCUGAGUUGACUCAGAAUAAUCCAUAUUGUCAGGAAAGAGUUUUGGAAUCUGGUCUGUUACCAAUACUUCUUUCUCUUGUUGACGUUGAUCCCAAUCACCAGGUUCGGAUAAAGGCACUGUAUGCCCUUUCAUGUCUGAUUCGGGAAAAUGAUCACGCAUUGCAAGAAUUCAGCCAUCAAGAAGGGUACUCAGUUUUACUGCGAGCUAUGCAAAGUCAUGUGGAAAAAUUACAGAUCAAAUCAUCAUUUCUUCUUACUUAUAUAUGUAACCACCAGCCUGCAGUCAAAGAUGAAUUGUUUAAGAUGGGUUUUGUGGAGCAGCUGGUAGGGUUAGUUGGUCAGGGCUGCCAACCGGCUUUGGAGCACAUACUGUCAGCAUUACUAGCCCUAGUUACAGAUCACGCACCUUCUCUGAAUGAGUGUCGCCAGCCACGUUUACGGCUACUCUCAACUCUCCGUAAUUUGUUGGAGCAAAACCAAGGGCAGGAACAGCAACAGGAGGAACAUGAGUACACCAAGAACCUUUUAAGACUUGUUUUUAGUGGAGAAUCUGAAGAAGAAAGAUAAGAUACAUGUUAAUGUGGAUCAGGAGAGUGGAAACAUUACAGACUGGAAUGAAUUCUUAUUAUGAUAUGGAAAAUGGUCUCACCUGUAAUGGUAGGUUAGGUUGACUCAUCUGUACCGUCACUAUGGCAAGAGCAACUAAAUUGUUUGUAGAAGACAUGUACUUUAAGUAUUGUUCUCUUUUACAUCUACAGUGAUAAAACAGAAAAGAAGUGGUUGUCGUUUAUAAUUUUACUAAUUUCGGUAUUGGCAUGUUUUGUUUCAGUGUCUGUAUUGUUUUCUUUUGAUACUUUAUAAAUCUGCUCGACAGUGUUUUAAUGUCAUUUAA